CGCUCAGCUUGGCGUCGGCGCUGAGCACUGUCGAUGUGGUGCGGAUGCGGUGAAGUCGGUGAAGCUCUUUGAUGGUGUUUCGUUUGCAAAAAGUUGUGAAUAUUAUUACCAAAACCGCUGAAAACUUCUCCAAAAUAUGCAGAAAAACGUAAAGAAAGCCGGAGUAAACGAAAUCCUCCGGGGCGUGCUGGACAUGUGCCACGGCGAAGGUCUACUCUCGCCGGACGGUACCGUGCCGUCCGAGGUGGUAUUCCGACGCUUCACCGCCGAAGUGUUUCGGCUAUAUCGACAGGAUGUUCGGCUGCGCGAAUUCCAAGCUUUGAUGGGACGGUCCACCUUCGUGACGGAAGCUUUGGCCGAUCGCAAGGAGUACCGGAUAAACGUGGAGAAGGUUGUUGCGGAACGGAAGCCGGAGGAGGAACCUUCUGGUGUGGUGGAAAGAGAACGAAAUGCGGUGAAAGAACCUGGAAGUGGCCCUCAGAAGAAUAACCCAUUCAACAUGAAUCCGUUCCUCUCGAGUCUGCAGCACUAUUCAUUGAUACGUGAUGAAGUGUAUCUGGAGAAGGUUACGACGGGCGUUGAGAUGACCUAUGCCAUCACCGUCAGUCGUCCGGCGGAUCCGGCCUAUUCGGCACAAGGUUACAGCUGUCUGAUUUGCCGGGAGAACUUCCGAAGCGCAAUGGCCUAUCUGCAUCACAUUUCCUCCCACGGAUCCACGCUGACCGUCGAAGCAAACGGCAUCCUACGACGUACCAAAAGUGCCCUCAACGUGACGCUUCUCUACGACGAAUGUCAGCUAAUGUCCACGCUUAAGCUGGCCAAUCGGGAGGGCACUCAGGUGAUUAUCAACGGUGUCUACAUCUACCACAAGCAUUUCGAACUGUUUCCUAUUGAUCUACAAACGACCACGCUGGAGCCGGGUAUGAACCAGGGAUUUUUGAUUCAGAAUCGUAUGCUGGUGAAGUCACCGGACAAGUACUCACUGCUGAUCACGUACCGUCGAAGCGGGGACCAGUGGGAUCUGCUGGAGCAGCACUAUCUGCGGGUUUACGAGGUCAAACGUUCUUCGAGGGGACGCAACCGCGGAAGGAACGAUUUGAAAUCGAUCAGACCGGGUAUGCUUGGCGAUUAUCUUCCACCGAAAAACCUGUGCACCUUGGUUGCGAACAAUUUUCAGCUCGUUUCAUCCUACACGCCUGCGGAGAAAAAGCUGCACGACGAUAUAAGGGCAUUCUACCACGCCAACCCUAAAACACGCCUGAACGCCUCCAACUACUGCCAAACGCUGGAGCUGCUAACCCACAUCCAGGACCUGAACGUCCAGUGUGACCUGGCCCAGUACCGAGCUGACGAUGCCGUGAUCACCCCGACGCAAAUGCAACGACUGUAUCGGAUCGAUACGGCCCAUUUUACCUCACUGCCGGUGAAUCUCGCAGAGGGUGACAUCGUUCAGUUGACCAUCGCGCAGCCGGGGUCCAGCGGAAACAAAAUUGAAGGUACCAUAGCCCAAAUCCUGUACGAUCACAUCGUCGUCGAGUUGGACGUCCGGGUGCAGGCUGACUGUCGUUGCCAGGUGAAACUACAGGCCAAUCGGGUCGUUUGUCGCUUGGAGCUGCAGGCUUUGGAUAUUGUACGGCGGCAUGAGCUAGCUCCGCUGUUCUUUCCCACCGAAGCCCCGAAGGUGACGGCACCCAAGAGCAUUCAAAUGAUCACAGCCUGGACGAACCCCAGCUUGGCGGACAACGUGGAGCAGCAAACGGCCGUCAGAAGCAUCUUGAAUCGCGUUUCGGAUCCACUGCCGUACAUCCUGUUUGGUCCACCGGGGACUGGUAAAACCACCACAAUCGUAGAAGCUAUUGUCCAGAUCUGUAGCCAUCGUCCGACGGCUCACAUCCUAGUGGCGGCCCAAUCGAACUCCGCGUGCGACGAAGUGGCCAUUCGUUUGCUGAAGCACCUUGCUCCGAACAAACUGUUUCGGGUCUAUUCCCGUUCCAGUGAAAAGCGUCUGGACGAAAUUCCGGAAAACCUGCGACAGGUCUCCAACCUCGCCAAUGGUAAACAUCGGUGGCCCACAUGGGAAGAGGUAUACGGAACCAGAGUUGUGAUCUGCAGUCUCUCAAUCUGCGGCCGUUUGGUGCAGAGCAAAAUCCGGAGCAAUCAUUUCAGGUAUGUGUUCAUUGACGAAUGCGGGAGUGCCUCAGAGCCGGCUGCUUUGGUGGCUCUGGCUGGGUUGGUCAGUUCUCGGGGAAAGCUGCACGCCAGCGUUGUUUUAUCUGGAGAUCCAUAUCAACUUGGGCCGGUAGUUCGCAGUGAACUAGCGGCCAAAAUGGGCCUUGGCAUGUCCAUGCUGGAGCGAUUGAUGAAUCUCCCCGUGUACCAAAAGGAUCCCACCACGAAGAAAUACAAUAACCAGUUGAUAACCAAACUGGUGAAGAACUACCGAUCCCACGAAGCGUUGAUCAAAUUCUCCAAUGAGCAGUUCUACGACGGCGAGUUGCAAUGCCUAGCACCCACCGAGGAAGUCUGCUUAGCGGAAAACUGGCGUUGGUUACCAAACAAAACCUUUCCCAUCAUACUGCACACCGUGUUCGGUUCGAAUGAGCGAUCCUCGAAAACCAAAAGUUUCAUGAAUCAAACCGAGAUCGAUACGGUCGAGUUCUACCUAGACUUCCUCCUUAAAGCGGGCAUCAACGAUCGGAAAAUCGCCCAGGAGGACAUCGGAAUAAUAUCCCCGUACCAGCUGCAGGUCCAGCGGCUGAAGCAAAUGUGCGUGGCCAAGCAGUGGCCAACCGUCGAAAUUGGCUCCGUCGAGCAGUACCAGGGCCGAGAGAAACUCGUAAUCAUCCUGUCUACCGCCCGGUCCCAUACGCCGGACGUGGGCUUUCUGAACAACGUAAAACGGCUGAAUGUGGCUCUGACCAGAGCCAAAGCCCUUCUGAUAAUCGUAGGUAACAGCAACACGCUGCAAACGGAUCCCAAUUGGUACGAGUUUAUCAAGUACUGCACCACGAGCCACGCCAUUGUGGGCAGGUGCUUUGGGUUGGACGAGAAACGAAUUGUCGAACGGACCAACCGCGAUGCCUUGUUCGAUGCUCUGUUUAAUGUUUUGGUGUAAUAAUUGAUAUCGUUCAUGAUAUGUUGUCACCGUUCGGUGUGAUCUUAACGACCUAUAUGUGUAAAAUUGUCCUUUCUUUUUGUAAAAGUGAGGUGUUUAAUGUUUUGAGUUUCAAUUAUAAUUUUGAUCGAUGAAAUUCCUUCAUUUCAUA